AUGGCUAAGGUUUAUGUGGGAAACAUAGACAGAAGAACUGAAAAGCGAGAUCUUGAACAAGAAUUUGGCAGAUUUGGGAAGAUAAGACAGAUUCAAAUUUGGGCUGAUCGACAUCCUGCUGGAUUUGCUUUUGUGGAGUAUGAAGAUGACAGGGAUGCAGAAGAUGCGAUAAAGGACCUGGAUGACAGACAGUUUCUGGGUAGUCGACUGAGGGUAGAGUGGGCCAGAUCUACCGGACGUAAACCACCUCCCCGCAAAAGGUCUCCUGCUGCUAGACGUGGUGGAAGUUAUAGACGUUCGCCAUCUCCUCCUCCAAGAAACCGGCGCUCCAGGUCUCGCAGUCCCGCUGUCGGCGCUGCAGCAGCUGCCCGCAGAAAAAGUCCUUCUCCAACCACGCUAUCCCGAAGUCCAGCUCCCCGCCGACGCUCUCCUUCUCCCCGCCGACGCUCUCCUUCUCCCCGCCGACGCUCUCCUUCUCCCCGCCGGCGCUCUCCUUCUCCUCGCCGCAAGUCGCCAUCACCCCGCCGCAGGAGCCCAUCUCCUCGCAGACGCUCCUUAUCUCGCUCUCCUCGUCGCAGCAGAACACCUCCCAGUCCCCGAUAAAAUAAUGUGAUGGAUAAAACUUUAAAAUCAUAACGAGCACUGCAUAGUUGCCAUGUUUCUACUUGUUUACUUUUUGAACAGUUUUGAGUUGCGAUAAUGUUAACAGAACACCAGAGCCAUGCGAGCUCUUUAUUCCUCUGUCGCCCAUUUUAACCCAGAAAUUAAAUUUUAUAUGUUAUAUUCAAAUUUCCGCGUUUGA